GGCCGCACGCAGCUACCGAGCCGCUCUGGCCGCGGCCCGCCGCCUCUUAAAGGGAGGGAGCCGGCCCUUAAAGGCCCCUCGCGCGCGGCGCACGGCGGCCCCGUUCCCGGCAGGGGCCCGCCGAGCCAGGCCGAGCCCACGCGGCGCCCAGGCGCGGCCCGGGGCCCUCCCGCCCUCCGCGCCGCCGCCGGGAGCGGCCUUUUUAUUCAGGCGACGCUUAAGGGAGCCCGGCGGCGCCCGGUGCAUUGUGGGAGCGGCGGAGUCCCGUUCGCGGGAGGAGGCGGAGGGCGCAAAGCGAACCGGUGAAGUGACUCGUUUUCCUGUAAUGCUGCCGGCUAGAAGAACGUUUGGGACUUUUUACUCAAGAUGGCACUGUGUCCUGUGGAUCUGUAAAGAAACCAGCCGCAUAGGAGAGGGAGGGGAGGAACCCAGCGGUUAGGUGUGUGAGCCCGAGAACCAUGUCUGCGCGGGAGUCCUUUAACCCGGAAAGUUAUGAAUUGGACAAGAGCUUCCGGUUAACCAGAUUCACUGAACUGAAGGGCACCGGCUGCAAAGUGCCCCAAGAUGUCCUGCAGAAAUUGCUGGAAUCCUUACAGGAGAACCACUUCCAAGAAGAUGAGCAGUUUCUUGGAGCAGUUAUGCCAAGGCUUGGCAUCGGGAUGGAUACCUGUGUCAUUCCUUUGAGGCAUGGCGGUCUUUCCUUGGUCCAAACCACAGAUUACAUUUAUCCCAUCGUUGAUGACCCUUACAUGAUGGGCAGGAUAGCCUGUGCCAACGUCCUCAGCGACCUCUACGCCAUGGGGGUCACAGAAUGCGACAACAUGCUGAUGCUCCUUGGAAUCAGCAAUAAGAUGACCGACAGGGAAAGGGAUAAAGUGAUGCCCCUAAUUAUACAGGGUUUUAAAGAUGCAGCAGAGGAGGCCGGAACAUCUGUAACCGGCGGCCAAACAGUGCUAAAUCCCUGGAUUGUUUUAGGAGGUGUGGCUACAACUGUCUGUCAGCCCAACGAAUUUAUCAUGCCAGAUAACGCAGUGCCAGGCGAUGUGCUUGUGCUGACCAAGCCCUUGGGGACGCAGGUGGCUGUGGCCGUGCACCAGUGGCUGGACAUUCCUGAGAAGUGGAAUAAAAUCAAGCUGGUGGUCACCCAGGAGGAUGUGGAGCUGGCGUACCAGGAGGCGAUGAUGAACAUGGCCAGGCUCAACAGGACAGCGGCGGGACUCAUGCACACAUUCAACGCCCACGCGGCCACCGACAUCACGGGCUUCGGGAUCCUGGGCCACGCACAGAACCUGGCCAAGCAGCAGAGGAAUGAGGUGUCCUUUGUGAUUCACAACCUCCCAGUCCUGGCCAAGAUGGCAGCCGUGAGCAAGGCCUGCGGGAACAUGUUUGGCCUCAUGCACGGGACCUGCCCAGAGACAUCAGGAGGCCUUCUAAUCUGUUUACCGCGUGAGCAAGCAGCUCGGUUCUGCGCAGAGAUAAAGUCCCCCAAAUACGGUGAAGGCCACCAAGCAUGGAUUAUUGGGAUCGUGGAGAAGGGUAACCGCACGGCCAGGAUCAUCGACAAACCCCGGAUCAUCGAGGUCGCGCCCCAGGUGGCCACCCAGAAUGUGAACCCCACACCUGGUGCCACCUCUUAAUCUAGGCCGAGGCAGCUGUGUGGUUUUGUUUUAAAUAGCUCUAUUUCCUCUAUCAUCAUUUCAAUUAAAGACUAUAAACAACAGUGAAAAAAAUCUCAUUGUGUCUACACAUCUGGUGACCUUAGGUCGAUUUGUGAGUGGAUGCAAUUAAUCAAAUAAAAUCCAUUGCCUUUUUUUCCCGUUACAUUAACUGAAGAUGCACCUAAUCUUGAGGCAGCUUCUGAGUUGAGAAUUAUAUUGUUAUCCAAUACUGUUGAUUCAUUUUGAAUCUUUAGACACUUAUCUCUUGCCGAGUAGGCUCUUUUUAAAGGUGCUUUCACGUAGCACAGACAUUACCCACUGUAGUGUCAAAUAGCAGUUUGUGUCUUUUCAUUUUGUGUAUAUUUAUCAUUAUCAGUCUGAUCCUUUUUGAAGCGUCUGGAAGGGUAUUCUGGAAAGACAGAAUUGGUGAGUGAGUGACAAAAUGGUAUCCCAGGAGCGAGAGGGUUGCAUGAGUCCUUUGAGUCUUCUAAUUCCAUAGCAUCUCUUCGACCCAAGAGUGCAUUCAGUUAAACCAGGCAAGUGCUUAACUCUGCAUGGGAAGCACUUUGAAGACAAAAAAGAAAUGUUACUUCUUUUUUUUGUAGCCUUCCUAAUACUUACAGUAAUAUCAUUAACUGUUUUCUUUACCAAUAGCAAAAAAGGACACUUUCUGCAAUGUAAUUAGAUGUUCGAUAGCGCAGCAAGGAAUUGCCCUCCGAAAGGGGGUUCAUGUAUAAUACUCAUUUACAAGUCAACAUAUAAUUAGCUACACAAAUAAUUUUUAAAUAUAAUCAAAAAUAAAGACUGUUCUGUGGAUAGUAGUGUUUAAUACAUUUUAUAUUUUGUAUGGUGAUUUCAGGCCUUUUGAUUUCUUCAAAUCAGCAGCUGUUUAGCCUGAUCCUUAGCGUUAUCUUGUCCUUUGCACCAUUACUUUUCCGUGCACGCUUCCUGUGAUCUGUGUGGAAACGCGUAUUGCCAGCUGUGCAGCUCGGGCGUCAACUUGUUAUUCAAAUAAAUAUUUAAUUUUUGUUAUUGCUCUUGUAUAA